AGUUGGGCUCCCGCCUGGCUGGGAGGCGGGAGGGAGCCCGCUCCUGUUGUUUUCCGCCGGCGGGAGUGGGCAGGCAGGCGCAGGGGGCGGGGUGCGCCCUCCCUCGCCGGCCAGGGCGCUCGGGAGCCGGGACCCGAGCCUGCAGCCGAGCGCCGCUCCCGGCCGCGGACACCCGGCUCAGCCAAGCAUCCUUCCUGGGGGCUGAGAAAGUGGGGCCACUCUGCCGUUCCGAGGACCUGAGAGGAGCCCUUGGUCCCCCGGGCCCCGGUGUCCUGGGGCGCACACGUCCAGCCCAGCCUGAGCCUGCAUUUCCUGAGCCGGGAUCUGGGGCGAGAUGGCCGCAGGCGGCGGUGCGCCAGAGCCCCGCGUCCUCGUCUGCCUCGGGGCGCUCCUGGCCGCCUGGGUCGCCGUAGGAUUGGAGGCUGUUGUCAUUGGAGAAGUUCAUGAGAAUGUUACUCUGCACUGUGGCAACAUCUUGGGACCGAGGGGCCUGGUGACCUGGUACCGGAACGACUCGGAGCCUGUCUUCCUUCUCUCGUCCAACUCUAGCCUCCCGCCAGCUGAGCCUCGCUUCUCUCUAGUGGAUGCCAACUCCCUGCACAUCAAGUCGCUGAGCCUGGGAGAUGAGGGGAAUUACACCUGCCAGGAGAUCCUGAAUGUGACUCAGUGGUUCCAAGUGUGGCUGCAGGUGGCCAGCGGCCCCUAUCAGAUUGAGGUCCACAUUGCAGCCACCGGCACACUCCCCAACGGCACCCUCUACGCAGCCAGGGGCUCCCGGGUGGACUUCAGUUGCAACAGCAGCUCCAGGCCACCACCCAUGGUUGAAUGGUGGUUCCAGGCCCUGAAUUCCAGCAGUGAGUCCUUUGGCCACAAUCUGACAGUCAACUCUUUCUCACUAUUACUGAUGUCGCCAAACCUCCAAGGGAACUACACCUGUUUGGCCUUGAAUCUGCUCAGCAAGAGACAUCGAAAGGUGACCACCGAGCUCCUGGUCUACUACCCCCCUCCAUCAGCUCCCCAGUGCUGGGCACAGAUGGCAUCAGGAUCGUUCAUGCUGCAGCUCACCUGUCGCUGGGAUGGGGGAUACCCUGACCCUGACUUCGUGUGGAUAGAAGAGCCAGGAGGUGUAAUCGUGGGCAAGUCAAAGCUGGGGGUGGAAAUGCUGAGCGAAUCCCAGCUGUCGGAUGGCAAGAAGUUCAAGUGUGUUACAAGCCACAUAGUCGGGCCAGAGUCGGGCGCCAGCUGCGUGGUGCAGAUUAGGGGUCCCUCCCUUCUCUCUGAGCCCAUGAAGACUUGCUUCGUUGGGGGCAAUGUGACACUUACCUGCCAGGUGUCUGGGGCCUACCCCCCUGCCAAGAUCCUGUGGCUGAGGAACCUUUCCCAGCCUGAGGUGGUCAUCCAGCCCAGCAGCCACCAUCUCAUUACCCAGGACGGCCAGAACGCCACCCUCACCAUCCACAACUGCUCCCAGGACCUGGAUGAGGGCUACUACGUCUGCCGGGCUGAGAGCCCUGUAGGGGUGAGGGAGGUGGAAAUCUGGCUGAGUGUGAAAGAACCUUUAAAUAUCGGGGGGAUUGUGGGAACCAUUGUGAGUCUCCUUCUGCUGGGACUGGCCAUUAUCUCAGGGCUUCUGUUGUAUUACAGCCCUGUGUUCUGCUGGAAAGUAGGAAACACUUUCAGGGGACAAAACAUGGAUGAUGUCAUGGUUUUGGUGGAUUCAGAAGAGGAGGAGGAGGAGGAGGAAGAUGCUGCAGUAGAGGAAGAGGAGGAAGCACAUGAGAGAGAGGAGUUGCCAAAAGAAGUACCUAAGCAGGACCACAUUCACAGAGUGACCGCCUUGGUGAAUGGGAACAUAGAGCAGAUGGGAAAUGGAUUCCAGGAUCUACAAGAUGACAGCAGUGAGGAGCAAAGUGACAUUGUUCAAGAAGACAGGCCAGUCUGAAGAAGAGGAUGGUCCAUGGUUGUCUUGCUCUGAAAGCUUGGAAAGCUACACUGAAGAUGAGCUCUUCAUUCAGCUUUGACUCGACCUGCACACCCCUGGCCGGGGCUUGCACUAGCAACAUUUGGGUCUCAGCAAAAAACAAAACCAAGCACACACAUCUUUCCUUCCAUUUAUUGAAAAACGUUGGUUUGAUUUGCUCUAAGUUUUCCCGAUGAUGUUUAAAAGCUUUGAGAAGGAAGGCUGCUUUGGUGUCUGAGGUGCCACUUCUGCUGUGAACCCUGGCUUUAUCCAGGUUGAUCUACUGUGAUAGAUGCUUAUUUGGAGGGAGCAGAGGUCAGGGAAGCACUGGGUCUUGGUGCCUUUUGCCACUUUUUUUUUUUUUUUUUUUUGAGACUGAGUCUCCCUCUAUUGCCCGGGCUGGAGUGCAAUGGCACGAUCUCGGCUCACCACAACCUCCACCUCCCGGAUUCAACCGAUUCUCCUGCCUCAGCCGUGCCACCAUGCAAAUAUCAAUUCCUUGGAACAGGUGAAGUUCCAGGUACCAAUGCCAAUCAGAGGAAGGCAGUUUGGUUCAGGCUUUGGAGUUAGAAACACCUGAAGUCGAAUCUGGGCUCUGUUGCUUCCUUCUUUCGUGGGCUAGGGCACGAUUCUUCACCAGUCUCUUGGCCUCAAUUUCCUCACCUAUAAAAUAGAUGAGGAAAUUGCUCACUUAUUGUUGUCUUGUUCGGAAAGCUUGGAAAGCUACAUUGAAGAUGAGCUCUUCAUUCAGCUUUGACUCGACCUGUACCCCUGGCGGGUGCUUGCACUAGCAACAUUUGGGUCUCAGCAAAAAAACCAAGCACACACAUCUUUCCUUCCAUUUAUUGAAAAACAUCUUUGUAAGAUCUAUUCAUUGAAAAACAUAAUCCAUUUAUUGAAAAACAUCUUUGUAAGAUCACCUGCUAAAUAUGAAAAUCUGACUUGAAUUUGUACUAUUUAAUAUUGAGUAUCUGCUCUAGUGGGCAGGACCUAGGGCUUAAAGGGGAACUUCCUUUCUCCAAUUCUAGGAACUGGGACUCUAAAAUGAGAAACUGGUUGUCUGAAGUAACCCUGCAGGUGUGGUCAGGGAAGGUCUGUUUUCUUGGAUGAAGGAACUAAACUAAGCAUAUCAG